AUGGCAUCCGCUGAGUGCUUUGUCGGCCUAAGCAAGCACGUUGAGAAACGAGUGCCAACAACGGAGACGGGCGGUGGCUACUUUGUGGGCCUGAACGAUGCGGAGAUCCAAUCUGUGCACGUUGCUUCGCAAGGAACGGCUACCGUCUAUGAGGGUGCCUGCCCAGAGGCCUGGCUGCGCAGUCGAGUUGCGGAGAUCGUGGAGGCUAACCCCUGGCUCGCCGGGCGCUUGAAGAGGGACCCUCGAAGCGGGAGGCUGGCACUGUUCAUUCAACGAAAGAUCGACUUCCAGAGGCUGCUGGAAGUUGUAGCCGUAGCCGACACAGCCGCAGUGGUGGGGAACUGCUCAAAGCAGUUCUUUGUGAAGUCUGGAUGCGAGUUGGUGGACGCCGAUGAGCCCAUCUGCAGGUUCGUGGUCUUGACCGAGCCAAGAGGACAAAGAUGGGGCUUGCAAGUGUCCAUGUCUCACAUGCUGACGGAUGGCCAUACUUUCUACGCUAUCUACAGCAUGCUGGACAGCAAUGCCGAGGUAUGGUCCAUGGAGGUGACUAGAGUCAAGUUCGAUCCCAUGAGAUGUUUGCAUGCGCCCUUCCAUGGAAAAUGGUUGUUCUUCGUGCUGCAGCACCUUCGAAGUCAGAUUGGAUCGAAGCUUGCAUCCCACAUACCGAUCGUCCAGUGUCGGUAUGUGCGUGACGACUGGGUUCAGAAGCAGAAGGUGGCCUUCCAAGCAGAAGCUGACGUUGCGUUUGUGUCCUCAAACGACUUGUUGACAUCAUGGUUCUUGAAGGCCACCCAGCCAUCAUGUGCUGCAUUGCUUCUCAACAUGCGAAACAGAAUGCAGAGGCUUGAGGACAAGCAUGCGGGAUGCUAUGCGUCAAUGUUGCUCUUCUUUCCGGAAGAGUACAAGUCACCUGCAAACAUCCGCCGCGCCAUUACUCGCCAGUCGCCGGCUUGCACUGCCACUGGGCAGCAGCAGUGGCCCGGAAGGGGCAGCAAAGUUGGUAUGGUCACAUCCUGGCACAUGCUUUAUCACGAUGUCGCCUUCGAUGGUUGCAAGCAACUUACGCACUUUCCAUGUGGGCCAAGGAAUCUCGCGGUGAGCCCUCAGGUGCCCUUUGCCGCCAUCUUUGCGCCGUCUGAAGGUAGCCUAGCGAUGUUGACCAUGACUGAGAAAGAGCUUCCUGAAGGUGUGCUUGGGGAUGCAGUUUGGGGCAGUGAUGCCUUGUUUCGGGACUGGUGA